UCUCUUUUUCUCUGUCUCUCUCUCUUUCUCUGUCUGUCUGUCUCUCUCUCUGUCUCUCUCUCGCUAUGUCUAUCGCUCUGUAAUUACGUAGUCUGAUUGGUCAGGUGGCUGAGCUGACAGCAACCAAUAGCAGCUCCUGGUAGCAGUGCCCCCCCCGAUCCGGCAAGGUGUGUGUGUGUGUUAAUGAUUAGGGGUCCGUUUAAAACCAGAUGGAACCAUUUGUGGGGGCACAGUCUGUCAGUAGGGCCAGAGGGACAGGGUGCACCAGGAGACUCACACACACUUGAACAUCCAGCCUCUGAACCAAACCGGGCCAGGCGGCUUUGUCUGAUACAGCCUCUCCUCAAGAUCCAACAGAAAAUCAACUACACACAAUACAGGUAAGACAACCGGUUCAAGGUUUCGGUUGUUUGUUAACACCUUAAAUAUCACAUAUUGAUCCAAACUGACCUGAUGUCUGUCAGGUUUGUGAGUCAAUCUCUUCAGUAUGUGAUUAGAUUGGUCUGAUCCACAGACAGAUGGGGACCAGAGAGACUCUAGGUCAGGAUUAAGUUCAGUUCAAGGUUAGGUUUAAGUCCAGUUUAAGGUCAAAGUUAGAAAGUUGAAGUGCUCUGCCUCUGAAACACCUCUAGCCUGUGUAGGAGAGUCAACCAGCAGAGCAGCCUAAACCCCCGGAUGAGACUCAGGCUUGCAGACAGAACACCCUCUGAGGCUGCAGUUUAGACGGGUGGAAUCAGACCCACUGGUGGCUAAUAGCCUGGAGACAAUGUUUUUUUUUAUUGUGUCAAGCAAGACAUCUAAAGAUGGAUUUAGUCCGACCAGGACAGUAAGUCGUUUUUACAGUGGUAGGUAUUUAACUGAAAUUGUCCAUAGGAGAGGUGGAGGCCAUGGCUGGUGGGAGGAGAGCAUCGUUCUCUGGUGUGCUCACUGUUGCUCUGCUAGCCACCAUACUGCUGCCUGAAUUCCUGUCGGCAGGGCCGGUGGUUCAGAUGCUCAAAGGAGAUGUAGGGGAUGCCACUGAGGAGACAGCGGUUGCCAUGGCAUCACCAAGGAGGGUUGUCCGUAACCGUAGAAACAUCAGCUGGUACAAGCAACACUCAGACUUCUGGAGCUGGUACAAAUACUUCACGGACAAUGGAAACACGGAGGCAGUCCAGGAGCUGGACAAGGUCUACCUGGCCUACCUCCAGAAUAAGAACCGAGCUGAGGGCCGUCGCUCCUACAAGGCCUACCUGGGUCACCUAGGGGACAUCUACAAGGCCUGCGCCGACUCAGAGGACCCAAACUGUGUGGCCUCUGCAACCAACCGGCCCAAACCUGAACCCAAGACCCCUCCCAAGCCCGUCCCUGCCCCUGUCAAGGCCUGUGACCCCUACAGGGACCCGUAUUGUCUCUAUGCCGCUCUGGCACGAGCCAAGAGCCAGCCCCCACCUUCCCCCGCCCCGGUCAAGGCCCCAGCCCCCCUGUAUGCACGCUCCCCUGUGGCCAUUAAAGACCCUCAUUCUGGGUACUACUACUACUCCCCUGCCGUGCAGUCCUUCCUCUCCAAGGAGCAGAAGUCAGAGCUGCUGCGUAUCUGUUCAGCGGAGGACGUGGAGUGUCUCCAGUUCCACCUGAGAGCUGCUUUCGGCCACAAGCCCUCCGCUGGGCCGCUGCCCUCCUACGCCCACCUGGGCUGUGACCCGAAAGACCCCGCUUGUAAACCCCAGCUGGUCCAGAAAGGCCCCUCCGGCCUCUUCCUCCGUUACCCCAACUGUGACCCCAGAGACCCUCGCUGCGCCUACGCUGCAUCACUACAGGCACCCCGUGCCCCCGCCCCCUACGCCCCGGCGGGUCCUGGUUCCUGCAACCCUCUGUUUGAGGACGGCUGUAACCCUCUCACCGCCACAAAGUUUGCCACGGCACCGGAGAAGUUCAAGGAGGAACACAAAGACGAUCCCGCCGCAAUGCGUGCCGCGGCCCCAGCCCCUGAGCAAAGCAGUGACCCAUUCACUAUGUACAGGGAUGCUUAUGCUAACGCUAAUGCUAACCGCCAAGCCAAUGCUCCCAGCGCUCCAGCUAGCGACCCAUAUGCCAUGUACCGACAAGUUAUUGCUAACGCUCAAGCUAACGACCCAAACGGCAUGUACAAACAAGCUAAUGCUAACGCUAAUACUAACGAUCCCUUUGCAAUGUUUCGUGAACCCGCAACCUCCAUGCACAGACGUACCCACCCCUCCCCCCAGGGGCAGGCCCCCGUCCCGCCUCCCCGCUAUGAGGAAGCCCCCCAGGAGGAUCGCCACCCGUUGGGCCCCCGAGGAAAGACCAAGGAGGGCUACGAAUGCUACAUUGGCUAUGACCAGGAGUGCUACCCAAUAACCCGCACAGAGCCGCGUUCCGGUGCCCACCGUAACACCGCCUACCCCGCCGAGCCCUACGAGCCACAUCUCAACGCUGAUGGAUCACGGAACGGAGUCCUGGAGCCUUCCGACCCCGACUGUGACCCAGAGUAUGACACCAACUGCCGCCUGCGCCGUUACCAAACCCAGGAGGAGCUGCUGCCAUACUCCAACGCCCAGGCUGAACACCAUGGGGGGCCAGAGGCAGAGCCCAGCCAGGACCACAGUUACAGCCAGGGAGAGCCAGAGAGAGACAGCGAGGCAGAGUCAGAGCCAUACCAGAGUGGCCAGGAGGAGACCUACGGGACUUAUCCCCCUCCCUCGCAGGGGCUGUCGUACGGGUCCUACCCCUCACCCCAGAGGGGAAUGCCCAGCUUCCAAGACAUGCUGAGAGGAUACGGAGACCAGUACCCUGAACAGGACGACCACAGAGCAUACGCUGCUGACUACAGCAAAAAAUAAGUAAACACACACACACUGCAUACACAAAGACACACUACAUAUACCAUAAAGACUACAACAAUAAAAACAAACACCAGCUAAAAUGGGAGCAGAUGACGUGGGACACUAUUUAAUACAAAAUAACAAUAAAAGACUGAUUGCACUCUGACACACACAUGUCAUGUACGCACGCGCGAACAGGCACGCACACACGCAGUACAGUGCUCUUAGCAGUAGGAGUUUCUCUCCACUAGAUGUUUUUAGAUGUUUUAUCUGGCAGUUUGUUAGCUUUUAUUGAUUGAUUGACAAUAAUUGACAAUUGAUUGAGCCCCUCCUUAUUUAAAAAAUUCUCGCAGCUCCGCUUUGCUUCUGUAUCUACAAACCUCACAUGCUUUUUGUGUUUGUUUUGUUCAUGAUGUAUUAUGUAAAGUUUUUUUUCCCCCUAUGAAUAUUUUAAAUAAAAGCUUUGAAAAACGUG